AUGCGUUCCUUCGCACCCUGGGCGCUGAGCCUCUUAGGAGCUACUACCGCGGUUUCUGCUGCGGAUACCCAGUCCGAAACACCGUCCGAUGUCGUCUCUCUGACCAAGGACACUUUCAAUGACUUCCUGGCGGAGCAUGAGCUGGUCCUUGCAGAGUUCUUCGCCCCCUGGUGUGGCCACUGCAAAGCCCUUGCCCCCAAAUACGAAGAAGCUGCCACUGAACUGAAAGCCAAAAACAUACCCUUGGUCAAAGUUGACUGCACUACUGAGGAGGAUGUUUGUAGUGAGCAAGAAGUGACGGGCUACCCAACACUUAAGGUCUUCCGCGGACCCAACGACGCGAAACCCUAUCAGGGAGCCAGACAGGCAGAUACUAUCGUCUCUUACAUGGUAAAGCAAUCUCUUCCUGCCGUCUCCGCCGUUUCUCAGGAGACCCUUGAAGAUUUCAAAACCAUGGACAAGAUUGUCGUCGUUGGAUACUUUUCCGAAGAUGAUAAAGCUUCGACCGAAGCCUAUACAACUUUCGCCGAGAGUCAAAGAGAUAACUACCUAUUCGGCUCUGCCAACGACGCGGCAAUCGCCAGCGCAGAAGGUGUCAAGCAACCGUCAAUUGUGCUCUACAAGGACUUCGAUGAGAAAAAAGCUACCUAUAAUGGAGCACUUGAACCCGAAGCCCUUCUCAGCUGGGUGAAGACUGCGAGCACCCCGCUCGUGGGUGAAGUCGGCCCCGAGACCUACUCUGGCUACAUCACCGCUGGUAUUCCUUUGGCUUACAUCUUCGCUGAAUCCGAGGAAGAGCGCAUUGAAUUUGCGGAGAAGUUCAAGCCUGUCGCAGAGAAGCACAAGGGCACCAUUAACAUUGCGACAAUUGACGCUAAGGCUUUUGGUGCCCACGCUGGAAACCUCAACCUCGACCCCAAGAAGUUCCCUGCCUUUGCCAUUCAGGACCCCACGAGGAACGCUAAGUAUCCCUAUGAUCAAUCCAAGGAAAUCUCGGCCAAGGAGGUUGGCAAAUUCAUCCAGGAUGUUCUUGAUGGCAACGUUGAGCCUAGCAUCAAAUCAGAACCCAUCCCCGAAACCCAAGACGGGUCUGUUACAGUUGUUGUGGCCCACUCAUACAAGGACCUUGUGAUUGACAACGACAAGGAUGUCCUCCUUGAGUUUUACGCCCCUUGGUGUGGUCAUUGCAAGGCUCUUGCCCCCAAAUACGAUGAAUUGGCAGAGUUUUAUGCUAAGAACAAAGAAACCUCAUCCAAGGUAACUAUUGCCAAGAUUGAUGCCACAGCCAACGACGUCCCCGAUUCUAUAACUGGCUUCCCGACUAUAAAGCUGUUCCCUGCUGGGUCUAAGGAUACCCCUGUUGAAUACUCCGGUUCUCGUACCGUGGAGGAUCUUGCCAACUUCGUGAAGGAGAACGGCAAGCAUGGGGUUGAUGCAAUGGCCGCUCAGGCGGAGGCAGAAAACGACCAGGGCACCGAUGGCGAGGCUGAACCCUCUGAAAAAUCCGAGCAUGAUGAGCUUUGA